GCUGCCAAUUCGCUGUAGCGAUAAAAUACCAAAAAAAAAAUGUCGUGUGUGUGUUAUUAAUUGUUUAUAUUGUUUAUAAAACAAAUAGAAACCCGGCAAUAAUGCAAAGAAACGCAAUAAUGAUGUUCGCGUGUGUUCAUGUGUGUGCGUAAAUGUCGCGGAAAUGUUGUCGCUGGGAGACCGCGAGAAGUGCCGUCGCCCUCGUCGCACCCUCGUUCCCCCCGUCCAUGCUCCUCCCAUUCCCAGCCCAUGCCCGCUGCUGCUGCCCGCCGGCGACACCCCACCGCUGCCCUGCUGCCCCACACUGCGGCUUCUGGCCCACGCCAGGAAAUGAAUAAUCACAUAAAGUUUAUUAAAAAAUAACCUUUAAAUUGGAAACAACAACAACAAGCAACAGCAACAAACACAGUACGGAGAGAUGUUCAAGAUCUGCUUGUAGAGGCAAGUGUUAUCAGCUGGGGGCGGGAGCCAGCCAGUGAAAAACCUCACAAACAACAAGGCAAAAGAGCAACAACAAAAAAUGCGUGUGACUUAAGAGAGAGUGUUGUUAUUGUUGUUGUUGCUGCACUUGAAUCACGCAAGACACCUCCCCCCCACCCCGCACUCGCUCUCUUUACCUGUCUCUCCCACGCGCUGUGCACACAAGAAACAACCGUUAAACCGCAGAACAUUCCCCUUGCAAAAAUAGUAAAUAAAAUAAAGCGACAACGGGACUAGCAGUAAACCAAACAAAAGAGACAGAGAAUGCAGGCCAAAAAGCGUUACAUUCUCGUGAUUGUGAGCUGCGCCUUCCUGGCCUACGCCUACUUUGGUGGCUAUCGGCUGAAAGUGUCGCCGCUGCGUCCACGCCGCGCCCAACACGAAUCGGCCAAGGAUGGGGGCGUGCAACCGCCGUACGAGCAGCUGCCCAGCUUCCUGGACCAUGCAGAUCCACUGGGGCCACUCGUCGGCCACGGGAAUGGAUCUGCGGCAGUGUUCGGAGCACUGGGACACAACGACUCGCGUCGCAGUCGAGGAUCGGAUUGUAGGAUGGAGACCUGCUUCGAUUUUACACGCUGCUACGAACAGUUCCUCGUGUACGUAUACCCGCCGGAGCCGUUGAAUUCGCUGGGCGCUGCACCGCCCACAUCGGCCAAUUACCAGAAGAUACUCACUGCCAUUCAGGAGUCGCGCUACCACACCAGCGACCCGACAGCCGCCUGCCUCUUUGUGCUGGGCAUGGACACCCUGGACAGGGACUCCCUCUCCGAGGAUUAUGUGAGAAAUGUGCCGUCGCGCCUGGCCCGCCUGCCGCACUGGAACAAUGGCCGAAAUCACAUAAUCUUCAAUCUGUAUUCGGGCACCUGGCCGGACUAUGCGGAAAAUUCGCUGGGCUUCGAUGCAGGCCAUGCCAUUCUGGCCAAAGCCAGCAUGAGUGUGCUCCAGGUGCGACAUGGCUUCGAUGUCAGCAUUCCGCUAUUCCACAAGCAAUUCCCACUGCGGGCUGGCGCCACGGGCUCUGUGCAGUCCAACAAUUUUCCAGCCAACAAGAAGUACCUGUUGGCCUUUAAGGGCAAGCGCUAUGUGCAUGGCAUUGGCUCGGAGACACGCAACUCACUUUUCCAUUUGCACAAUGGACGAGACAUGGUCCUGGUCACCACCUGUCGCCACGGCAAGAGCUGGCGGGAGCUGCAGGACAAUCGCUGUGACGAGGACAAUCGCGAAUACGACAGAUACGACUACGAGACUCUACUGCAAAAUUCCACAUUCUGCUUGGUGCCGCGCGGCCGUCGCUUGGGUUCGUUUCGAUUUCUCGAAGCCCUGCAGGCGGGAUGCAUUCCCGUGCUAUUGUCCAAUGCCUGGGUGUUGCCUUUUGAAUCGAAAAUCGAUUGGAAACAGGCCGCCAUUUGGGCCGACGAGCGGCUCCUGCUGCAGGUACCCGAUAUCGUGCGCUCCAUCUCAGCGGAAAGGAUCUUUGCCCUGCGCCAGCAAACCCAAGUCCUGUGGGAACGCUACUUUGGUUCCAUCGAGAAAAUCGUCUUCACAACCUUCGAGAUCAUUCGCGAACGCUUGCCGGACUAUCCGGUGCGCAGCAGUCUGGUGUGGAACAGCUCACCCGGCGCCCUGCUCACGCUGCCCACUUUCGCCGACAGUUCAAGAUUUAUGCCUUUCAUGCUCAAUUCGAUGGGCGCGGAGCCGCGGCACAACUACACGGCCGUCAUAUAUGUGCAAAUAGGAGCCGCCAUGGGCCCAAAUGCGGCACUCUACAAGCUGGUGAAGACCAUAACGAAGAGCCAAUUUGUGGAUCGUAUUCUUGUGCUGUGGGCGGCUGAUCGCCCAUUGCCAUUGAAGAAGCGCUGGCCUCCCACCUAUCACAUACCCCUGCAUGUGGUUGCCCUGGGGGGAAACACGCGGAGUGGAGCUGGGCCAACGGCCCAAACGACUGAGGAACGACCGAGCAUAUCGCAACGAUUCGUGCCCUACGACGAGAUACAAACAGACGCUGUGCUGUCGCUGGACGAGGAUGCCAUACUCAAUACGGAUGAACUGGACUUUGCGUACACCGUGUGGCGGGAUUUCCCGGAGCGCAUUGUGGGCUAUCCGGCGAGAGCACACUUCUGGGAUGACUCCAAGAACGCUUGGGGUUACACGUCCAAGUGGACGAACUACUACUCGAUUGUGCUGACGGGGGCGGCCUUCUACCACCGCUAUUACAACUACUUGUACACCAACUGGCUGUCGUUGCUGCUACUAAAGACUGUACAGCAGUCUUCCAACUGCGAGGAUAUCCUAAUGAACCUGCUGGUCUCGCACGUGACCAGAAAACCGCCGAUUAAAGUGACGCAGCGCAAGGGCUACAAGGAUCGCGAGACGGGCCGCUCACCCUGGAAUGAUCCCGAUCAUUUUAUACAGCGCCAGAGCUGCCUGAAUACCUUUGCAGCAGUGUUUGGCUACAUGCCGCUGAUACGUUCCAAUUUGCGUAUGGAUCCCAUGCUGUAUCGUGAUCCAGUUUCAAAUUUGCGCAAAAAAUAUCGCCAGAUUGAGUUGGUUGGCAGCUAGCGUUAUGUGAAUACUGGCAAUAGCUACAAGCGUUAAUAGUACUGAAUACAUAAACACCACACACACACACACACACAUACACAAACAGAGUAACACACACACACACACACACACACUCAUAGCCAUUUAGAAGAAAUUAAUGCUGUAUGCAAAAAACUAUGUUAAUUAUUAUUAGUAGCGAAACGAGAGAUCGAUACGAGACGUGAAGUUAGUUAGGAUCCGCAGCAGCAGGAUGUAUGUAGUAUGUAUGUAAAUGUAUGCUUUUUGUGUACAUCAACGUAAAAGCAUUCGACGCUGCAGUUAUACAGUUAUGUAUGUAUAUGUAACAGCAGUGUGUGUAUAUAUUAUAGGACUCUACAUACGAUACGAUUAGCCAUGUAGUUGUGAAACUGCCAGAGAAAACAGGAAGAGGAACAGGAGCAGCAGCUGUUGCAGUCGCAGUCGCAGCCGCAGUCGAUUUUGCCAUCUUUUUUCGCUAAUUUCAAAUUAGCCAAAAGCUGCUAGACAUGAACUUUUUCUAUAUGUGUAUUAUGUGUAUAACUCUAUAACUGUAUUUCUAUAUAUAUAUAUCUGUAUGUAUAGUUGCGUAAGUAGCCGACUUUUUUGUACCGUGUGCGCGUUGAGUUUUCUAUUUGUAUGUAAAUGUUUGUAUUGUAUUCGUACAAUAUGUAGUAUGUCGCCACGUUGUUGCCACACUCUGUAUGUACGUAUAGCCAUAGCUAUAGCUAGCUAUCUAGUGAUUAUCCAUGUAAAUGUGUGUGUAACGCCGCUCAGUUUCAGUUCCAAACUCGAGGCUCCAUCCAAUUCCUUAAUGCAUAGUGUCCGAGUCCAAUGUAAAUUCAAUGUCAAAUAAGUAUGAUGAGCUCUUCGAGCAGCCAUUCAGCCAAGUGUGCACAAAAGCCAGAGCGGCAGGAGGAGGAGUAUCCUUCUCCUAGCAUAGAUUAGCAAUAUUAAGUUUAAGUAAGUAUUUUUAAUAGCUUUUUCAUUUCCACUUUGUUAUGUGCAAUUCUUAUUUGGACAACUCAGCUUUUAGUUUAUAAUUCGUGGCCAUUUAGCUAUGUAUCAAGAUGCAAUCAUUUUUUUUUAACCAAACGCAUAUCAGAUGAGUUGAGAUAGAGAUCAGAAAAGAUGAAAUGAUACGAGAGAGAUUUUGUUACUUUAAGCCCAAUCUAUACUAUAUCAAAAGUAUAACUCUUUCUACAAUAUAUACACAUACUUUUUACCACAAAAUAUACACGAAAUGCAUAAGAACAAUUUGCACAUUUUUUAUUUAAUUAUUUUAAGUCAAUAUUCUAUUUCCAUUUUUGAUGUGCGCAGGGCAAUAAUCGGAGGGGAGUGCUUCAACAUAUCAAAGCGAGUUGGGUUGGCCAUUAGAGGAACACCACAAUUUGGUGGUGCUGAAUAUAAUAGUAUUGGACAAGGGAAAUCGGCAAAUAUUUCCAAAUAAAUCCAUUGCGAAUGAACCAGUUUCAGGCAGUAUAAACUAUCGUUUUUCUGGUCACUAGAUUCUAUUUAGUAAUAGAUUCUAGAUUCUAUUUUUGAGCUGGUUCUUCGCACUAAGUUGAAAUGAAAUCGUAUAUAAAAUGCCAAAACAUACCGGAAUGUUGCCCAAAACUCGAACAACUCUUGACUGCCAAACGGCAAAAUUGUUUUGCAUUUAACAGUCAAAUAUGCUUAUCGGUAAUAUGUACAUACAUAUAUGUCACUAUAUCUAUGGAUGCAUGUGAAUGUGUGCGUGUGCGUGUGUGAGUGCAUGUCAGAAACAGAUAGAGCGGCUGACGGAGAGACGGACGAACGACAAAUGCAAUUCCCAUCCGCAUUCACAUAAAUCAAACAUUUUUGCCGUUGACUACGAAUAACAAUAAUACUCAGAAAUGCCACAUAAACGAAUAUAUGCCAGAUGCAUUCCAAUCUGAAUGUGCGUGAGUGGCCCAAGGCGAAGGAUGUGCACCACACAGAUACACCACACACAUGCAUAAGUGCAUCCAUAAAACACACACACACAAACACACACAAUCAGACACAUAAAUGUGUUAUGCACAAAUGUAUCUGAAAAAUGUGGAACUGAGGGAAGAAAAACCAGAGAUUUUUGUACAGUGUGUUUUAUUUUUUGUAUCUGCCUGUAACACACACACACACACACACACAUAUUUGUAUUAUAACUCGAGCAUAUGUAUGUAUAAUUGUAUUUGUAUUUGUAUUUGUAUUUGUGAUUUUUGUAUUUGACACAAGAAACAAGCAAACAGACACACAGAACAACAGACAAAUGCACUUUUUAUACAAACUUAAAUGAUAAUACUAAAUCAAAUGGAAACUUUUGAGACAUACAGCAAAAUAAAACCGAGACAAAACAAACACGACCAAAAAUAUUCAAAAAGGCUCCUCGACCCGCCCCGCCCACACAAAGAAACAAAAGAAACAAACAGAAAACCGAGAAAAAGGCCAACAAGAAGAAACCAUUUGAAGGGCCGUUCAACAAUAACAAUACAAUUAACGUAAAUUAAAGUAAUUAAUGCCUACUGAACGGUAAUCAAACUUAUUGCAUAAAAGCAUUCAACUUAAACCCAAUGGAAUGGGAAUACAAAUAUGAAUGAAUAUGAAUGAAUAUGAAUAUGAAUGUUGUGAUACGAUUGAUUGGACUAUGUAUGCAUGGCCUCCCAUAGCAUAGAAUAUGUACAUAAAUAUGUAUAUCCUGGCCCUAUGCAAUCCCUCCACCAAUCAACCUACCCUCAGCCCUCAUCCCGUUGCUGGUUUUCCCCAUAAAGGUUUUUUCUCUACGUUACGAAGAUAAUUGUGCAUAAUGAAUUAUUUUGCCGCAUUUAACUGCACGAAAAGGCAAUCCCCCAUGUGUUUUUCAAUAACUCUCGUAUGAAAAAAGUUCGCCUGGGGUUUUCUACGGUGCUUAAUAUGCAGAUUUACGCAGAUUUCGCAAGCGACAUGGGAAUAAAGAGAAGGCAGAGAGUGUGUAGCAGAGUGGGGAGCUCGCAACGUUAAUGGCCAUUUGAAUGGGUGCACUUGGAGCAGUCGGUCGUUGCGGGCAAUCGAUUUAUGAAAUUGGAAAAGAAAUGACAAAUUAUUUAUUCAAAAACAAUUGUCCACUGAAAUUCAAUCGAAUGGGUUUUUCUGCCCGCUUUCAGUUAACGUUGAAGAUUGAAUCGAUUUCUGGAGGAUUUCUCCCAUUGCAAGACCCCGGGCUUGACAUGACUGA